GCGACCUAUUCUCUUUCGGAUCCGACAUUGCAAGCAUACGAUGUUUAUGGCAAAAUUCAUACAGUGAAAUUGCAGUAUGUUUCGUAUAAAGAGCGGGUUGGCAUAAGACCAGGACAAAUUUCACGGUUGGUAGAAGGGCAUGUGACGAAAUAUGGUUUACCACUAGAACAUUCGGCGCAGUGUACAGUAUUACUAAAAUUUGGAUCGUUAAAUGCGGCAGAAUUGUUUACAUUUGUUGCUACUAUUGAGGAUAUACUAUUUCGUUGUGUAGCUCUACGAAAUAACAUACCUCUAUAUAAACAGGAUGAAGUUCAAAUUCAUUGCUAUGAUGAAUAUAAUGCUUAUGUGGACAAAUUCAAUACUCUAAGCGAUCAGAAAGCUCGUGUACGAUUAUUUUGCCUUGCAUUCAUUUCCGGAUCACCCAUACUUGAAAUUGGUCUUAAUGAUCGUCGUAGGCAGGGAAAGGAAAUAGUACGUCGGAAAGAUAUUUUACCGAUGUAUACCGAAAGAUGGAUACGAUUUGAAAAUGUUGAAUUUCACAAUACGGUUGAGCAAGAAGCCUUUGAAAAGGAGCAAGUAAUUCGACUUUCACCACCUGAUGGAUGCUUUUUUGAGGUAAUGAGAUUUCGAGUAAGGCCGCCAAAAAAUCGCGAGAAACCAUUAACAGUAAAAUGUGUAAUGAAAAUCGCCGGUUCUAAGGUUGAAAUUCGAAUUGAAGCUAUGGCAGCGGCACAAACAGAAAGAGCAAAAAGUGUUCUUAGUAGUAAACGUCAAGUACCCUGUGAGGAUAUUCAGAUUCGUUUUCCAGUACCUGAAGCAUGGAUUUAUUUGUUCCGUGAAGAACGACGAUGGGGUGUCGGAUCAGUGCAUGCAAAAGUGAGAUGUCCGGGUAAAGUUAAGAAUCUCAAAGAUCGCCUGAUGGGUACAGUGCACAAUAUCGACAAUUCACUCAUCGAAGCAGCUAUUGGUGAAGCAAAAUAUGAGCAUGUUUUUCGAGCUUUAGUUUGGCGUAUUCCACGUCUGCCAGAAAAGUAUCAUGCUGCAUAUAAGGAACAUUUAUUGCGCUGUCGUUUUGAACUUUCAUCAUUCGAUCUGAUGCCCGAAACAUUUACGCCAACAUGUGAUGUGGAAUUUACAAUGCCGCUUGCAAUGGUCAGUAAUACAGUGAUACGAUCAGUAAGCGUUGAGAAACAUGAAGAUAGCGAUCGGGUGGAAAAGUUCGUACGAUAUGUGGCAAAGUGUACUUACAAAGUUGAAAUAGAUUAUGUUCAAUGCUCUCAUUUGGAUAUGGAUGCUACAUUUGAUCCAAUUGUAGCUAAUCUAACAGCCAAUCAAGAAAACAUACCUGAACCGCAUAAAGCGAUGUUUAAUCCAGACGAAGUGAAAGAAUUGCAUGGAGGAUACAGGAUCGAUUUUUCCGAUGCAGAAAUUGGUGCAAAAAGGCAUAACGAUGCAGAUUCAAGUAGUGAUGAGGAAGAAGAUCAUAGAGCAAUGCCAGUAAUUCAAAUCGAUCCGAAAGGAUACGGUUAUUGA